AUGAAUCCUUCCUCUACCAAGGUCUCCUGGGCCACCGUGACGUUGCUGCUCCUGCUCCUGUUGCUGCCGCCAGCGCUGCUGUCACCCGGGGCGGCCGCGCAGCCCCUGCCCGACUGCUGCCGUCAGAAGACGUGCUCCUGUCGUCUCUACGAGCUGCUGCACGGCGCGGGCAAUCACGCGGCCGGCAUCCUCACGCUGGGCAAGCGGCGGCCCGGGCCCCCGGGCCUCCAGGGCCGGCUGCAGCGCCUCCUGCAGGCCAGCGGCAACCACGCGGCCGGCAUCCUGACCAUGGGCCGCCGCGCAGGCGCAGAGCCAGCGCUGCGCCCCUGCUCCGGCCGCCGGUGUCCCUCUGAGGCCGCCUCGCCCGUGGCACCUGGGGGACCGUCCGGGGUCUGA